AUGGAGUCACCGGUGAUACAUCCGGAGUCUCCUAUGGAGCAGGAGGACAUCCCCUUCCCUUGCAUGGGCUGUGGAGAGAUCUUGGAAGAAGGCAAAGCUUUUGAGCUGUUUGCAACUCCUGCGGUAACAAAAUUGAGGAUCUCGCCAUCCUCACCGGUGAUCAGGCCUUCUGUGCUCAGUGCUUCCGAUGCCGCAACUGCAAGAGAAAGAUCGAAAACCUGCGCUAUGCGCGCACAUCCCAGGGCAUCUUCUGUAUGGAUUGUCAUGAAUCGCUCAUGCAGCGAAGACGAAAGAAAAAAGCCAAUGCAGCCGCCAAAAAACCAGGGGGGGCCAGGGACAAAGUAUGAUAAGUCCCUGCCUUCGUUGCCCCCAAGCAUGGAGGAGACUCGCUCCAUUGACGAGACACACACGGAAGCAUUCGCCGAAAUCGCCGUGGAAAACCGGCCCGAUACAGCAGCGUCUGAGCCGGCAGCUGCAGACGACAACCUUCUUCUCCCUUCAAGCACAUAUCGUAGCAGUCGCCAGAUCAGUGCGCAACGCGAUACCAACACCACCACCACUGCCGAUAACUCAGACGCAGGUGGCGAGCUCUUGAUCCCUCUCGCAUUUGACCCCUCCGCAAGCCAGCGAUCCUCGUCCCGCGCGCAACCCCAGAUCACCCAGGAGCUGCCUCGAGAUUACUUUGGACAGGUUCGUUCGGGUGAGUCUUCAGUACGAGCCUCCUUCUCCCUGGAGCCUCCCUCUCGUGCAUCAUCAGAGCACCCUUCCCCGCACAUAGCCUACCAAGAGAAAGGAUGGGACAAGAGUGAUGAUACAAACCGACGCGAUACCGAUGGAGUGAACGGUACAGCCAAGUCAUUCACUGCCAGCAUGGACGCCACCAUUUCAAAGAUUGGACGGACAGAGUCAGCCCGUAGCUCUCGAUCGGAUCUGCCGCUGGCCCUGAGAGAGACAAGCGCCUUCUCCGGCGCAACAAGCCCUGACAGUACUAGGUCCAAAGAAGCAACGGCAGAAAUCACCCGAUCUGUGCCCCAGGAGCCGGCGGUGCGUCCCUCGAACGAACUCCGUAGACUACACGAUCAUACUUCGAUGGAAUCAGCACGUUCGCAACAGUCGGCCUACCCACCCAAGCGGGGCGACUCUCUGGAAAGCAAGCUCCAUUCAAUUCCCCGGAAGGAGGUCGGUGCAUCCCCUGCAUCUUCGACUUACGCUGGAUCCCCCAAGCUGGAUGGGUCCCUGAAACAACCGAAACAAAGCAUCAACACAUCAAUCACUACCCCCAUCUCGGAUACCCAGCGACAGCUGGAUGGCGCAGGUUCGCCGUCUAUCGCGCGCUACCCCGGAAGUGAGUUUUCAGAUAUCGACCUGCCACCUAGUGAUUCCUUCUUUCGCCGCGUCUCCAACUCUGUUCGUCAUGGCCGUAGUUUCAGCGAGAAGAGCGUGAGGCUCGGCAAGGAAGGGAGAUCUCCAAGAUCACCGACUAAUACGAAUGUAGUCGGACCCGAGGUGGCUAGCCCAACCGCCAGCAUUGCCCAAAACGAGGAGAUUUCCUGGCUCCGGAAUGAACUGCAAAAGGAACGUCAGCGCAUCUCGGAAAUGGAGAAUGCUCUCCGUGCCACCGCAGAUGUCAAGCAGGAGAUCGUUCUGCGAGAGCUCACAGUACUUACGGACCAUAUCGAAGCAGAGAAGCGUGGAAACGCCGGCCAACCCCUGGACCUGGCCAAACUUUCGAACCAUGUUCUACGAGAGCUGGCUGAAGCCAUUCACAAGCUGAAGGAGUCGUACACCCCGCAGAUUGAGGAAUUGAUCCAAAAGCGUAAUGAGCUGAAUGAGGAGCUUGGCAGCAUCACUCGCCAGAAGGAGAAGAGCUUCCAAGAGUUCGAACAGCUCUCGUCGAAGAAUGCCCAAUUGGCCGAGCUCAACAACCAAUUGGUCCACCAGAUCCAGGAGUUGUACAAGAAUAACCCAGAGGGCCACCGCGGACCAAACGGACUGGGUAUCUCUCAUAACAAGGGCGGAUCAAUCCCAUCGAUUGAGCAUAUCAAACCGUCUUUCCAUGAUUUCCCCACCUCCGUGUCUACUGCGCACAUCGGUGACGAGGGUGAGCCUGCAACCGCGACGGUCGUUCCCGGUCCACAAGUGGUUAGUAUCCGCAAGGGCCAGCCGCGCAAGUUUAACUGGAAGAAGGGUGGUCAAAACGUGGCCAAGGGUGUGAAGGGUUUGAAGGGAGCCUUCAUGGGUAGUGAACAGGAAGGUGGAGCCGGUGGCUUGCCUCGCUCUCAAACUCAAGACCCGAGUCGUCAGGGCUUUGGCUUCUUUGGAAACCAGAGGAAUAAGCAGGGAGGCAAGAUGUCGCAGGCCGACAGUGUGCCCACACUGGCUGAGAUUCCAGGCACUACGCUGUUCGGAACUGAUCUCGAGGCUCGCAUGGAGCAUGAGAAGAGUAUCAUUCCAGCCAUCGUCACUCGUUGUAUUCAAGAGGUCGAACUACGAGGCAUGGAUAUGGAAGGUAUCUAUCGAAAGUCUGGUGCUGCCUCAGCUAUUCAAGGCAUUCGGGAAGGAUUCGAACGAUCUCCAUUUGACUACGAUAUUUCAGACCCGGACCUUGAUAUUCACGCGGUGACAUCCGCAUUGAAACAGUACUUCCGCAAGCUACCCACCCCACUGAUCACCUACGAUGUCUACGAUAUGAUUAUUGAUUACGCGGAAAUUCCCACUACUGCCGCCCGAGUCGAGCAUCUCGUGGAAAACCUGAAAGAGCUACCCCGCGUACACCGUGAUGUGCUCGAGUUCCUCAUUUUCCACCUGAAGCGCGUGGUGGAGCGACAGGACGAGAAUCUUAUGACCAGUCAGAAUGUCGCUGUCGUCUUUGCGCCUACUAUCAUGCGACCGGAGAGUCUGGCUCGUGAAAUGACAGAUGUGCAGAAGAAGAACGAUGUUCUCAAAUUCUUGGUGGAGAAUUGUCAGGAUAUCUUCCAGGGCAUGCAGGGCUAA